AUGAUUCGUCGGACGUCACUUAUUACAAACAAUCUGUGGAAAGUUCAUUCAAAGUUACUCCCGUCUGCGUGCGGUAAAGAUAACGCUGACUAUUCUACUAAUCCCGACUAUGCAAACAGAACGGAACCAUUUGAGGUUUUUAAGUCGCGUUUUGUCAAUGCAUUCAAUGAUCCGAAACUUGAUGGUUGGUGGGCCAGAACAUGGAUGCAAAGGCUUCAUCUUGAAGAUGCAGUUCCUCCCCCAGAAGUCGUAAUAAGUGGUCUCAAGGCGUGCAGACGCCUUAAUGAUAUUGCUCUUGCUAUCCGUUUUAUGGAGUCUGUUAAGUUUAAAUGUAAAGCCUGCAAGGGCACAUGGGAGUGGCUUCAUAAAGAGAUCCAGCCGACUAUGAAAGAACUUGGUUUGCCAACUUUGGAAGAACUUGGGUAUGACAAGCCGGAGUUAGCAACCUGUUAUUAUUUACUAGAAGCCCUGCUAACUUGUACCAUCUGGAGUUGA